GCACCUGGUUCGAUUGACUCGGUUGGCGAUUGCUUUCACCUGGCCGCGGUCCGGCCUCGCUUGUUCUUCUUCUGCGCUCUCAAAACUCUUCAUCGCGAUCGAAUGGCGACGCAAAUCGACGACGACGACGACGAGUGUCCUUUUUGCCAGAUCGCGAACAAUCAGACGGACACGGAAAUCCUCAUGCGCGACGACGAGUUGUUGUGCUUCCGGGACGCCAAGGCCGACGCCGGCCUUCACUUGCUCGUCAUCACCUGCACCCACAUUGACAGCUGCAAAGCUCUGCGUGCGCAACACAUUCCCACCGUGGAGCGCAUGGGCGAGAUGGGAAGGGACGCGUUAGAGAAAAAUAAAGCGGGUGACCUCACGGACAUCAGGCUGGGCUUCCACGUGCCCCCGUUCUCGUCGGUGCCCCACCUGCACCUGCACGCCCUGUCGCCCGCCGGCGAGAUGAGCGAAGGCUGGCAGCGGCGCUACGGGCCGCGCUCGCACUGGUUCAUCACAGUGGACCAAGUCCUGACUCAGCUGAGGACGCGCGGCAGAAUCAAAUGAGACGACGUCGAAAUGCUCCCGUUGGCCCGAUUCCCGGGAAAAGCUGCGUAAGAGCCAUUUAGGAGGUUCAAAGGUGGAACUUUUUAAACUCUUUAUGCUUCAGUGGGUUAUGUUAUUCGUUGUCUAUUUUACAUCUGAAUGACAAAUUUUUGUUGAAUUCAUGUUGUACAUUCCUUUGUAAUUUCUUAUUAUUUUGGGUGCUUUUCUGAAACGGCAAAUAAAAUGUACGAAUGAAAUCCAUA